AUUUUAAUUUGAAUUUCUUGUUAGUUUAGUUAGUUUCUUCAGUGAUCCAUUAUCAGAGAUAAGUGGUUUAAGCUUCAAUUGUUUCAAAGCGUGAAUCUUCUUGAGCUGCUGGAGCUGGAACAAGCUCUAAAUGGCGAAAGGACAGUUGAGAAUUGAAAUGAAAUUUUGCUUCUUCGAGCUUUCUGUCUUUUUUCCUGUUUUGGAAUGACCGGAACAAGAUCCCGGAAGGAACGGGACGCCUGCAGUGAAAGCCAGGGGUCGGGGUUUAAACUUUAAUUGCAGAAAUCGACAGGAACGCGAAACCCUAGAUUUUUUUAGCUGGAGAACAACAUAGGCUCGCUCUAUACUACCAAGAGAGGCAGAGACCAUUAGCAGAGUGUAUCUGAGAAAAGAGAACAAGCCUAGGUCGAGAAGUCCUUCUAGACAUUUGUCGGUUUUCGAUGGCCCAAAUCAAUCGGAUCUCAGGCUAUAACGAGCGAUCGCUUUCAAUAGGUAGGCCUUUAGCAGCUAAGCCUACGCACUCCCUUCCUUUGUUCACAGCCUGUCUUCUUCGUUCUCCUCUGCAUUUCGAAAUUGGGACCAUUAAUGCAGCUUGGAAAGUUGGGAGGAGAGCUCUUUAAUCUCUUAAAAAGCGUAUCACAGAAAAGUCGGAAUAGCGGAUAUUGUUAUUGAAGGAAAAUUUCUAAUUAUAUGGAUAUACACUCUCUUCCCAUCUUAUUUUCGGAGGGGGGGAAAAAGAGUUCUUUUUCGUUCUAGGUAGUGAUUGAGUACUUGUGUUAUUAUAUUAGUUGACGUUUGAGGGUCUUAAUUGGGUUUGUUUGUUUGUUCUAGAAAUUUUAAAUGAGAGAGAGGGAGAGAGGAAAAAAAAGGAAAAAGUAAAAAGCUUUCAUUUUCCUUUUUAUGGAUCGAAGGAAAACGAGCUUUGCAGAGACCGGUGGGUGGGAUUUGGCAGAGUAAGAGUUGCAGAAAAUAGCGUCUUGUUUCCCGGGCCAGGCCGCGCCGCUCGUGUUUGUCGCUCGUGCCCUACAAUCUUUGUAACCAGAUCUCGAGGUCUGCGUUAAAUGAUUCUAUUUAUAAGGGUUGUGUGCGCCGGCUUAAUUCGUGUGCACCUUCCUUUCUCUCUCACUCUAUUGCCAUUUCUGAUUUCUCCCGCCCAAAUCCCUCCCGUUCGCUGCAUUCUGCGAACGAGAGCUGGAUGCCCCUUCUUCGUUUUGAGUUUUUCUUUUCCCCUGAUGGUGCAGAGCAUUUGGGUUUGUUUUUGUUUCAAUGAACGUGUGAAUUUAACAUUUAAAGUGAUCACUGGGGGCAUCCAGAGGUCGGCGAUGAUUAUGAAUGGUGGCGUCGCGUUGCAGCGAAAUCGAGUUUAAAUCGGUGGACACCAUUGGGCGGCGUCAUCAACCGGGAGACUCGCUCCGUGAAUUAGGGUUCUACAAAGUUUUGGGGUAUUUAAAAGGUUAUUGCUUUUGAUGUCAAUCGAAGCUGGUGAAGCAAGGAGUAGCUGUUUUUAGAUGUGGAAUUUUGGUCUCUGUUUCAGUAGAAGACAUGCCGAGUUGUAAUAAGGAGACGGAAGACGUAUUCUUUGAUUCGGUGGAUUGCAUUCGAUCUUUUGACUCUGCAUCUUCGGACUACGAAAUUUGGAGGAACCAGCCAAGUAGUGUUCGUGAACGCCGGGAAAGAUUUCUUGGCAGCAUGGGUUUCAAUGAAUUCGCUCCUUCUAUAAGUUGUUGCUCACAGGAGAUUGCGGGGGGUGCUUCUUGUGGUAGCUCACCAGAGUCUGGGGGCUUGGAAAGGAUCACAGAAUGCAGUGGGGCUGUUUCAAGGUCGUGGGCUUCUUGUGGUGAUGGUAGGACGGAAGAUUUGGUUUGUGAUGGAAGAGAGACAGAUGCCGGAAAUGAGCCUGUGGAUCGUGAAGUGGCGGAAGGGAAGUCAUCUGUUCUGACCUCUUCUCAUGAGUUGGAUUCCUCAGCCCCAAAAGAAGUUACAUCUUCUAUAGAAGAAAAUGGUCGUCAGCAGGAUACAAGCGUGAACAAAAUUAGGAGCUUGUGGAAAAGCCUCACAUUUAAGAGAAAAGGAGGGGAGACUAUGGAAAAAUCGGAUAAACCUGGAUCAAGCUUGGGAACCGCUAAGACAAUUAGACUGCAUGUGCAAAGCAACAGGAAGAGGUUAAUGGAGUUCACUGGGCUUUUCAUGGGACAAGAAAUGCAAGCUCACAAGGGCUUCAUCUGGACAAUGAAAUUCAGUCCGGAUGGCCGCUACUUGGCAAGUGGUGGAGAAGAUGGGAUUGUUCGCAUUUGGCGUGUCACAUCAGCAUAUGCUUGGUCUUCCAAAUUUCUUGACAUAGUGAAUGGUGGAAAGAUCACCAUGGGGAGAAAAAAUUCAAAUCCUGCCUCUGUUGUCAUUCCUAAGAAGGUCUUCAAGAUUGAAGAGUCACCAGUUCAAGAGUUUCAUGGCCAUGUCAGUGAUGUCCUGGAUCUUUCCUGGUCCAAAUCUAAUUUUUUAUUAUCAUCAUCCAAAGACAAAACUGUUCGUCUAUGGAAAGUGGGUUCGGAUGAAUGUCUCAAUGUUUUCCGCCACAACAAUUAUGUGACCUGCAUUCAAUUCAAUCCUGUUGAUGAUGGACACUUCAUCAGUGGAUCCAUAGAUGGCAAAGCUCGACUUUGGGGUGUCUCAGAAGGACGAGUGGUUGAUUGGGCUGAUUCUCGGGAUAUUAUAACUGCCUUAUGUUAUCAACCUGAUGGACAGGGAUGCAUUGUUGGUUCCAUCACAGGCAGUUGCUGCUUCUAUAAUGCAUCAGGCAAUCGACUCCAGCUGGAUGCACAAAUUUGUGUUCAGGGAAGAAAAAAGUGCUCUGGGAACAGGAUUACUGGCAUUCAGUUUUCCGCCAAUGAUUUUCAAAGGGUUAUGAUAACAUCAGCUGACUCGAAAGUUCGCAUAUUUUAUGGAGUUGAAGUCAUUCAUAAAUACAGAGGUCUCCGUAAGUCUGGGAGCCAGAUGUCCGCCUCAUUCACUUCAGAUGGCAGACAUAUCAUCUCAGUAGGGGAAGAUUCUCGUGUUUACGUCUGGAACUACGAUAUCCCUUCUGUUCCAUCAUCCAGGCAGCCAAAAUCUGUCCGUUCAUGUGAGCAUUUCUUUGCGCAGGGAGUAUCUGUAGCAAUACCAUGGUCCGGUGGGGAAAUGGAGCAUGUGGAGUUAGCUAGCCCCUGUUGCUCCUUGCAAACACAAGAACGCUCAGAAGCUACCUCACGGGUCAGAAAUUCUGAUCGGUUUUCUCUUGGCAGUUGGUUUUCCGUGGAUAGUUUAUCAAGGGGCUCAGCAACAUGGCCCGAGGAGAAACUUCCUUCCUGGGAUAUACCUGUUGUAGACCAUGAUCAUCACCAGCACCAGCACCAGCACCAGCGCCAGCAUCAUAAUCUCGGUAAUCAUACAGCUUUGUCAGCUACAUGGGGUCAGGUGAUUGUGACGGCAGGUUGGGAUGGAGUUAUAAGGACUUUCCAUAACUACGGAUUGCCAGUCAGGCAAUGAGCGAACAUUUUAUUAGCAAAACCAAUGUAAAUUCAUUAAGUAGGCUCUAUUGCUUGGUUGUUUUAUUUAUGCCACCGAGCUUUACACAAUCCAGCUUUGAGAAGUUGGUUCUGCAAAAUUUUCCCCCUUUUGCAAAUAUUUGUGAGUAAAAACUUGAGCUGAUUUAUUCGAUACAUGAAAGGAAUACAAAAAUUACAGAGCGAACCUCUGUUUGAUUCA